AUGACAUAUUCAAAUAAUUUACCAAUAUCUACACGAUUUUUACAGCAGCAACAACAACAACCAUUGCUUCUUGUUACUGAAGAAGCAGAAAUAUUAGAUAUUGAUAAUCAAAAUGAUAAUGAUAAACUUCUUCUUCCUCGUUCAACACGUUCACUUAAACGACGUACAACGUUAUUUGAAAAGAGUCGAGACUGGGCACGACGUCUUAUAACUCUUCAUAGAGCUCGUCGUAAUGCAAUAUCAAAUGAAAAGAUUCGUGAAACAUGUUAUGAAUCAAAUAUAAAACAUUCAAUAAGAAAAAAUUCUUAUCAUGAAUCAUUAUAUAAUUAUCCGAAAAAUUUUGAUGAAGAUGGUUAUUUAUCUCCAAUGGAAAUUCAAGCUAAACUUGAUAAUAUUUCUCAACAGAAUCAUUCAUCUUGUUCAAAAUCAUCAAAUAAUUCUUCUGAUCAACAAUUAAUUGUUUAUUCUCAUAGUGGUUCAGAUUUAGCACAAUCUAUUUAUCGUUGUCAUGGUCCAGUUAUUCAAUCAUCUACCUCACCAUGUACAUGUCAACAACAACAACGAUUACCAUCGUCAUCUUUUGUAUCAGAAUUUCAUAAAUCUCUUUCAAUUGUUGAUUAUAUAGAUUUUGAUGUAUCUGAAACAUCAACAUCAUCAAAACAAGAUGAUGAUGAUAAUGAUCCAGUUGAGUAUUUAAAAUAUUUAUUUAAUGAAAAUAAUAAAAAAGAACAAGAACAACAUGGAAAUUUUAUUCGUCGUACACCACGUCGUUCAACGAAUACAUCAUCAAUAUCAGCUGAUUCAGGUUAUUACGAUAUAUCAAUACCAUCAUCAAAAUUAAUACCUGUACAUUUAAUAUCAUGUACAUUAAUACCGGUGAAUGUUACAAGAACAAAAUCAAUGGAUAUACAUUGUUUAGCAUGUACAUGUCCAUCAUCAACAUAUUUUUCCAAUAAAACUGAACGACGACGACGACGAAAAUCUUCUACAUAUUCAUCACAUUCACAUCCACAUCGAACUUAUUCUCGACAACAUAUGGAUAUACUUGAGAAUGAGAUUAGUAAUCAUUGUACAUGUAAUAAUAAGUAUUAUUCUACAAUGACAAUAUUUCCAACAUUAUCUGUAUCUUCACCUAUGGGAACUAUAUCUACAACAAAGAUAGAUGUUAAUAAUAAGGAUGAUUAUUAUAAUAAACAACAACAACAAAAAAGACAUUUGAAAAAAAAACGCACAAGUCUUUUAAAACUUCCAACACUAAAUGAUGAUUUAACAUCUGUAUCACGUUGGUAUAAACCAAAUCUUGAAAGAGAUGCUGUAUGUCAAGCUUUACAAUCAGCUGAUUAUGGUGCAUUUAUUCUACGUAAUAGUACAACACAUCUUGAUUGUUAUGCUCUUUCAGUUAAAGUACCAAAAUUUACACAUGAAUCAAAUAUAGCUCAUUAUCUUAUUGAAAGAAUUGUUCAUAAUGAUUCUAUUGGUUAUCGUAUUAAAGGAACAAUGAAACAAUUUCCAACACUUCUUUCAUUAUUAACUCAUCAUUCAGUUAUGCCAGAAAUUUUACCUAUAACACUUAAUCUUAAUGAAAUACUUUCUAUUUAA